AUUAGCCAUACCCAUAACCCAAAUCCUCAUUUGCCUUUCAUUUCUGUUCUAUAUAUCCCUUUUACCCUUUUUUUGCCUUUUUCCACAUCACAUUCCUCAUUUUUCUCCCAUUAUAUAUUUCCAGGAACUCCCUUCUUCUUUACUUUCUUCGUCUCUACAAAAUUUUCAUUCCAUUCAACUUGAUUUUGUGCUGUUAUGGGAAGAUCCCCUUGCUGCGAAAAAGCCCAUACCAACAAAGGCGCUUGGACCAAAGAUGAAGAUCAACGCCUCAUCGAUUACAUUCGCCUCCAUGGUGAAGGCUGUUGGCGAACUCUCCCUAAGGCUGCUGGAUUGCUUCGUUGUGGCAAAAGCUGUAGGCUUCGUUGGAUCAAUUACCUUCGCCCCGAUCUUAAACGUGGCAAUUUCACUGACGAUGAAGAUGAACUCAUCAUCAAACUCCAUUCCCUUCUUGGAAACAAGUCUCUCACUCAUUUCAACAUUGUUUUCCUUCAAUUUCUUCAUUUGGGUUUUUCAAAUUUUCUUCUAUCUCAUUUGGGUUUCUUCUCUUUUUCAAUUUUGUUAAUUAGAUGGUCUGUGAUUGCGGGUCGAUUACCUGGAAGAACAGACAAUGAAAUCAAAAACUAUUGGAAUACCCACAUCAAGAGAAAACUCAUCAGCCGUGGCAUCGAUCCACAAACCCACCGCCCUCUUAACGAACCCGCCGUUGCCGCCACUUACCGCAAUCAUCAUCCCACGCCCAACAAUUCCUCUUCUUCUUCCUCCUCUGUUCCAAUCGCAGAGCUUCCCAUCAUGAAGCCUGCAAUCAACGUCCACUCCUCCCAACCCGACGAAGAAGGAAGCGGCACCACCACGGAGAUGGAUCCGCCGCUGCCUGCGGCGGAUCCCAAGGCCGCGACGGCGGCGGUCUUUGUGAAGACAGAGGUGAAUUUGGAGCUCUCAAUUGGAUUGCUGCCAUUUCAGGCAGAGGCCGCAAGGGGGUCGUCGAGGAGCUCGGCGGAGUCGAGAUUGCGACAGAGAAGCCCGUUGGUGUGCUUGUGCUACCAGUUGGGAUUAGAGAACAACAACGGGGAGUGUUGCCGGAAUUGCCAGAGGUCAUAUGGGUGGUUGUGUGGGUUCCGGCCAAGUGCUUUGGGUUCUUCAUAGACACAUUUUUACAAACAGCUUGUCGGAGAUAGAAGAGAAUAAUUAUCAAAUCCAAGUCUCCCCACUUUCAAUAGCAAAAAGUUUUAGGUAAAAAUUAUUAAUUAUUGUAAUGUAGAUAUAGAUAUUGUAGAUUGACAAGAUUUUAUUCACUCAAAAGAAAAAAAAAAAAAGAAUCUUAUUAAUUUUGGGUCAUUUUCCAUCAUAGCUAAAGCAAAAUAUGUAAAUCCUCAAUUUGCAUAUCCUCUUGCUUACUAAAAGAGGAUUCAUCUAUAAGUAAUGAUCAUCUAUGACAUCUUCUCUUCUUUGUACCCAA